CUUUGCAUUUGCAUCGGUUAUUCCUAAAACCGAUGCAAAAGAAUAUUUGCAUCGGUUAUUAGGAAUAACCUAUGCAAAAGCCUAAACCUUUUGAAUCUGUUAUAGGAAUAACGGAUGCAAAACGGUCUCUUAUAUUCAUCCUCUAAAUUCUUAUCCUCCCCAAACCCUUCGUUGUUUUUCAAGACGCUGUGUCUUCGCUGUUGCCUCGCUCAUCGUCACCGUUCCACAUUCGCCCUCGCUCCAAGCUUCCCCGUUCCUCGCUCGCCGUCGCCGUACCUCCUCGCUCUUGCAUUUGCCUCAAGUAGUCCUUUUCUGGGAGCUUGUGUUUAUGCAAUUAAGCGGUAAAGCAAUUGGUGCAGAAAGCGAAAGUGAAACAGGUCUUGGCCGUUACUUCAGGAACGACACAUGCCUCGGCUUAAGGCUCGACUGGAUUGGGUUGAUGUUCCCGGAGUACCCCAACAAGUAGGGGGCGUUGAGUGUGGCUAGUAUACCAUGCGAUUUUUAUGGCUCAUCGUCACUAUGUGUGCACAAUAUUCUUUACUGUUAUUCGAUGUUUUUCAGUCCAAUUCACUUUAUAUUAGAGCCGAAUUAGAAGAGGUUAGAGUGUUUUGGGCAGGGGAUUUUCUC